AUGCCUGUCCUCUCCAAACCACUGGCCCCCUGGGUCUUCAGCCGCGACCGGCACAACGUAACCCGCUUUCAAGAGCGUAGCAUCCGCCGGACCUUUCGCUUCCUCGACCUGCCUGCAGAGAUGCGUGAGAUGAUCUACGACCUGUGCAUCGAUCUCCAGAGCGUUGAUCGCUACUUCGACACUCGCUACCUGGCCAUCAACCGUCAAACGAAGUACAAGGAAGAACCUCACCUCGUCAAGCUCCGCUACCCAAAGUACCGCAUGAAGACGCACCCAAUAUUCUUAAUCUGUCAUCAGAUCUGCGACGAAGCGGCCAGCUUGAUGUCCAAAAAGAGCGUCAGCUUCCACCAUGGCCUGCUCGGCGCCUGGCAGAUCUCCGAUGUACUGUCUGAAAACAUCCUGCAGACUGUGCAAUCCAUCAACAUCACCACCAAAGGCCACCCGAUCUUGAGAGACUGUACUUGCCUUCCCUCCUGGCGUGGCUACCUCGAUCUUCUCGCAGACCUCUCCCGCAUCCUCUCCGAAGGCCACAGGCUCAAGAGCCUCACCAUCGACCUCGAAGAUGAUACUCUCAAAGAGCACGUCACCGACUGCUGGGAGUCCAGCAUCAAGUGCGACUAUCGCAACCACAUCAAAGAAGUCUGCGGCCGUCUCAAAUACAUUCGCGGCGUCGGCAACGUCACCAUCAAAGGCCUCCCUUCUGCACUCGCUGCCUCCCUCAAAGAGCGCAUGGAGUCCAAGCCCCGCCCAAUCUACUUCCUCGACUUCCCAGGCGAGAUCCGCAACAAGAUCUACGAAUACGCCGUCGACUACUCCGGCCCCAACACCCAGCUUCAGCGCAUCGUCAAGAACUGGGCCGCCACCAACACGCUCGAAACCCACUACCCGACCAAGACCACUCCCACCAUCCUCCUCCUCAACCGCCAAAUCUACAACGAGUGCUCCACCCUCCUCCAUCCCACAACUCUCCGCGUCACCUGCCCCGCCACCGCCGCCCUCCAAAGCCAGAAAGACGUCCCGGACCUCCUCCGACUCAUCUCCGCCCCUACGCUCCAGAAGCUACAGCACCUCGACCUCCGCCUGGAGAGCUGGGAAUGGAUCUACGCCGUCGAAUGCCUCUUCCACGCCCUCUCCCACGGCAACACGCUACAGACUUUCCGCUUCGAGUUCCGCGAUUCGCUGAAGCAUCAGUUCCAGGCGCCCGAUAAGAGGUAUCCUGACAAGAACCUCGCGACCAGUCUGAGCGAUCUGGAGUACGUGCAGGGGGUGGGGCAGGUGAAGUUUGUGGGUAGUUUGCCCGGGUGCUAUACGAGGCCGUUGAUUGAGAUGAUGCAGUUGCGACAGGGGUCGCUGGUGCAGUUACCGCGGCCGAUGGCGAGGAGGGGGGAUGGUAAGAAGGUGCGGCUUCAUUAUGAGGGCUGA